CAGUACAUAAUUAUGUACGUGCAACAUGGGCUAUGUACAUAGAGGACAGUGGGGCGGAUGCACUCGUUCAAGCUCGGCUGCUUGUGACCGACCAUGCGGCCCAAAAAGCGACCUCCAAACUGCUCUAAUUACGGCCAAACCGAUAAUGAGUGAUUGAGUUUCAAGCAACUUCAGUUGUAAAAGACUUCAACGCCUCAGAAAUCCCAAAAUGACGACAAAUUAGAGCAGUCUGACCAUUUUAAAGUGCGAUUAUCGCGAAAAUGUGCUCGUGCAGCGUGCGCUGGGUCAAAGUUUUGCACUCUAAUCGAAGCUUUUGCCUUGGCUAAUCUCUAAAAAUUGCAUUCCAGGAGUAUCUUAAUUCUCACCAAAAUCAACGGUGGUUAGUUUUUGGCACGAAAAUCACUGUUUUUCCGGGAAAUUUCUAGUUUCACAGCAACGAUCACGCCGGUUCCCCCUGAAUGAUGUGCGAUGUGGAUAUGGAGUGCCAACUUGAUGGAUAACACUUUUGAGAAAAACAUCCAUUUUCCCCCCUUCCCUGUGACCGAUGAGCUUUAUUCAGUUGGCAAUAUUGAUUUUAUUCUAUGGAUGGUGAAUCUUUGUUGAUCAUUAACAUGUGCCGGGUGUAAAUUCUCACAAAUUUAUUGAAUUUGAAUUUAUGCUCAUCUCUAAUCUAAUACCUCUGAAAAUUACAUAACCGACUUAACCGAGAUUGAAAAAUAAUGUCGGAGGACGUCAAAGCUUUUUUGUAUGGCUGGUGUGGGAAACGCAAAACCACGCCAGAAUAUGACAUUCGACCCACUGGGCCGAAACACAGGCAACGAUUUCUUUGUGAGGUCCGAGUCAGCGGCUUUGAUUAUGUAGGCGUUGGAAACUCUGGUAACAAGAAGGACUCGCAAGCUAAUGCUGCCAAUGAUUUUGUCCAAUUUUUGAUUCGCCAAGGACACUUAAACUCGGCAGAUGUUCCUGAAGGGACUUUGAGCGGCCCUGCUCCUGCUCCUCCGCCAGGCCCAAUGGGCAUGGGUGGUGGAAGCUACAACAAGCCUGUUUUCCAAGAGGGGAUGGGCCCCAAUGAUUUAGGAGAGGCCUACAGACCCAUCAAACGUGAAAGAGGAGGGUUUAAUUUUGAAGCCCAAAGAGAGGCAGAGGCCAAAAGCAUGGCGGAAGCGGAGGACGUGGAUAUCAACGCUUCCAUUCACGGAAACUGGACCGUUGAGAACGCAAAGUCCAAGCUGCAUCAAUACAUGCAAAUGAACAGGAUUCAGGCUGAUUAUAAAUACAGACCAGUUGGUCCUGAUCACAACAGGAGCUUUCUUGCAGAGAUGGGAUUUUUCGUAAAGGAACUUGGACGGCCAAUUAGUGCACAUGAAACUGGAUCUACCAAGCAGACUGCUUCCAAGAGUUGCGCUCUAUCCUUGGUCAGGCAACUUUUCCAUCUGGGUGUCAUCGAGCCAUUUAGUGGCACUCUAAAGAAAAACAGAGAUGCUGAACAAAUGAAGCCAUUCCCAGUUGCUUUGGCCCCGGAGUUGGAAAGCCAGAUUAUGGACACCCUGAAUGACCUGGGCAUCACUCCGAUACCAAUUCCUGAGCAAAUAGAGGCACCAGUGUCCCUUGUAGCUGCUCAACACAUUGAUGACUUUGUUCAGCCAUCUAAAUCGCAGCCAUCUGGAGUGGUGUCAUGGUCACCACCCACUUCAAAUUGGAAUGCUUGGACUGGAUGCAACUUUGAAGAAGGAGACCACUUUUUAAAUGCUGAUCUGGAGCAAGUUAGUGAAGAUCUGCUCCGAGCUCACCGAGAGAAGGCGCAAUCCGACCCUGACUACCAAAGUCGCUCUAAGGACCGUGAAACCCUCCCUGUUGCCAACCAACGCAAACUGAUCAUGGAGGCCAUCAAUGAAAAUCCUGUCAUUAUCAUCAGAGGCAAUACUGGCUGUGGCAAAACAACUCAGGUUUGCCAGUACAUCCUGGACGAUUAUGUCCAAUCGGGACAAGGCGCCUAUUGCAACAUUGUGGUCACCCAGCCGAGGAGGAUUUCAGCUGUGUCAGUGUCUGACAGGGUUGCUUAUGAGAGGAACGAACAACUUGGCAUGAGCACUGGCUACAGUGUUCGGUUUGAAUCUUGCCUGCCUAGACCCUAUGGUGGCAUUCUCUUCUGUACUGUGGGUGUAUUGUUGAGGAAGUUGGAAAAUGGCUUGCGCGGAGUGUCUCACGUCAUUGUGGAUGAAAUUCACGAAAGAGAUGUCAAUUCUGACUUCAUUCUUGUGAUUUUGCGUGACAUGGUGCACUCUUUUCCUGACCUUCGAAUCAUUCUCAUGUCAGCUACGAUUGAUACUUCACUCUUUAGCAACUACUUCAACAACUGUCCUGUAGUUGAGGUUCCUGGAAGGGCCUUCCCUGUGCAAGAGUAUUUCCUGGAAGAUGCUGUACGAAUGCUUAAUUUCGUGCCUUCGGCUGAGUCGAGGAAGAGGAGUCGAGACAAAGACAAGGAGGAGGGUGUUGGAAAUGAUGACGACGAUGAAAAUUUGAACAGGAAAAUUUCCGAUGAUUAUCCAGUCCCUGUGCGCAAUGCCAUGGCUCAGCUUAGUGAGAAGGAGAUCAACUUUGAGCUAAUUGAGAAAAUCCUUGACUACAUCAAAGGCCUUGCAAUUCCCGGAGCAGUACUGGUCUUCUUACCAGGGUGGAACUUGAUUUUCACCCUCCUGCGCCACUUGCAGCAGCACCCAGUGUACGGAGGCAACAAUUAUUGCAUUUUGCCCCUGCACUCUCAGCUCCCUCGUGAAGAUCAGCGGCGGGUCUUUGACUCUGUUCCUCCUAAUGUCAUGAAAAUCAUUCUUGCGACAAACAUUGCUGAAACUUCAAUCACAAUCAACGAUGUUGUGUUCGUCAUUGACAGUUGCAAAGCAAAAAUGAAACUGUUCACUUCUCACAACAAUAUGACUCACUAUGCCACAGUGUGGGCCUCAAAAUCCAACCUUGAGCAGCGCAAAGGUCGAGCAGGACGUGUUCGACCUGGAUUUUGCUUCCACCUCUGCAGCCGAGCAAGACAUGAGAAACUUGAAGAGCACAUGACGCCAGAGAUGUUCAGAACACCCCUGCAUGAACUGGCGCUUUCCAUCAAAUUGCUUCGUCUUGGAAGCAUCAGCCACUUUUUGAGCAAAGCUCUAGAGCCACCACCUCUCGAUGCUGUAAUUGAAGCUCAAGUUCUUCUGAAAGAAAUGAAAUGCUUGGAUUCCAAUGACGAGUUGACUCCCCUGGGACGCAUUUUGGCUAAGCUGCCAAUUGAGCCUCGUCUCGGCAAGAUGUUGGUGCUUGGCUGCAUGUUUAAGUGCGGAGAUGCACUUUUCACUAUUGCAGCCAACAGCUCUACAUUCCCAGAAGUAUUUGCAGUUGGUAAAAAUGAUGAUUAUUUAAAACUGACUGAUAAAAAAUUUAAUGAAGGUUUGGACCAAAGACGUCUGACCUACCAGCAGAGAGCAUUUGCGGGAGUGAGGCACUCUGACCACAUUGCAAUGCUGAAUGCAUUUUACUGCUGGGAAGACGCACGAAUGAAUGGAGAAGAAGCAGAAAUGCGUUUCUGCGACUCAAAAAUGCUCUCUGUUCCAACGCUGAGAGUGACCUGGGAGGCAAAGAACCAACUGCGUGACCUCAUGAACAGCAUUGGAUUCCCUGAGGAGACAAUGGUGCCUCAAGUCUACAACUACACAGGACCCGACUCGAAAUUGGACAUGGUGGUUGCACUCCUUAGCAUGGGUCUCUAUCCCAACGUAUGUUGCCACAAGGACAAGCGCAAAGUCCUCACUACAGAGUCCAAGGCUGCACUCAUCCACAAGACUUCUGUCAACUGCUCAAAAUUUGAGCAGAACUUCCCAUACCCAUUCUUUGUUUUUGGUGAAAAGGUGCGCACAAGGGCUGUUUCCUGCAAACAGACUACUAUGGUUAGCCCCAUAUACUUGCUUCUCUUUGGAUCCAGGAAAGUGGAGUUUGUUGACAAAGUGAUUCGUCUUGACAACUGGAUUAAUCUUGAGAUGAAACCUGAGAUAGCUGCGGCUAUUGUUGCAUUGAGACCGGCCCUUGAAAGUUUGGUCAUGAAGGCAGCCGAAACGCCUGAAGGAGUUACAGAGCUUUCGCCUCAGGAUGACAAACUGGUAAACACAAUCAGAAACUUGUGCAAAGUCAAUUCUGGUCGGCACGAGAUGGAGCAAGUUUCAAUGUCAGGUUUCAACUCCCGACGACCUCCACGUGGCCACUCUUUGGGCUUCGGUCAAGACGGUCCGUCUCCUCCAAAAAUGAUGAGAGGAGGAGGAAACUUUGAAGGUAGAGGUUCUGGAAACUUUGAAAGCAGAGGGGGUGGAAGUUUUGAGAGUCGAGGAGGAGGAUUCAAUGAAGGACGUGGAUUUGGAGACGGGGGAAGCUUCAGAGGACGUGGAGGAGGUUAUGGCGGUGGAUAUAGAGGAAAUGGUUUUCAAGGAGGAAGGGGUGGCUUCAGAGGAGGCAGUGGCGGAGGCUUUAGAGGUGGCUUCAGAGGAGGCAGAGGUGGGGGCUUCAGAGGAGGCUACCAAGGAGGGUAUGGAAGUGGAAGCAACAGUGGUUACUAAGGAUUUUUUUUAAUUAGCAGAUACAACAUAAUAUGGACCUUGCGUGAAUUUUCGAUCUCUUGAUAUUUAGAAUGUAUAUCUCAAAUCAGAACUCAUUUUUCUGAUUUAUGGUAGCAAAUUAAGUAAAUAUUGAAUUUUUGUCAUUUUGCAUGUGUAUUUGAAAAAUAAAAUACCUCAGUGACU